CAAUGCAUCGCCUCUUGGCCGGAUGUCUGCUCGCGUGCUGCCUCGAGAUGGGACUGGGAAACCACAGAAGACUAAAUGGUGCUUUGGACGACCUGGAACAGUUAGACGACCUCUUGAGGACAUAUGACCGAAGGGCACUACCAACCACUCACCUCGGAACACCAACCAAAGUGGCUUGCGAGAUCUACAUCCGAAGUUUUGGAUCCAUUAAUCCUGCCACAAUGGAUUAUGAAGUUGACCUCUACCUGAGACAGACGUGGCAAGACGACCGUCUGACAAGUUCCAACGUGUCCCGACCUUUAGAUCUCAACGAUCCCAAGCUGGUCCAGAGGAUUUGGAAGCCGGAAGUCUUUUUCGCAAAUGCCAAACACGCCGAGUUCCAAUACGUCACAGUGCCAAACGUCCUGGUGCGGGUCAACCCAAAUGGGAAAAUUUUAUAUAUGCUCAGGCUCAAACUUCGCUUUGCCUGCAUGAUGGACCUCUACCGGUUUCCUAUGGACUCGCAAGUUUGCAGCAUUGAGCUUGCAUCAUUCUCAAAGACUACAGAAGAGCUUCACCUUGAAUGGUCUGAAGCCAACCCAAUCAUCCUUUUUGAAGGUCUCAAGCUUCCUCAGUUUGAGAUUCAGAAGAUUAAUACCUCUGACUGCAUGGAGAAAUUUCACAUCGGUGAAUACAGCUGUCUCAAAGCGGACUUCCACCUGCAACGAUCCCUGGGGUACCACAUGGUUCAGUCGUACCUGCCGACGGUGCUCAUCGUGGUCAUCUCAUGGGUCUCCUUCUGGCUGGACGUGGAAUCCAUCCCCGCCCGGACGACCCUGGGUGUGACCACGCUGCUCACAAUCUCCUCGAAGGGGUCGGGCAUCCAGUCCAACCUUCCGCCGGUCUCUUACAUCAAGGCCAUUGACGUAUGGAUGGGCGCCUGCACAGGCUUCGUUUUCUCCGCACUCCUCGAAUUCACGGUCGUCAGCUGCCUCGCCAGAAUACAGGAGUCCUCUCCCGCCACAGCUAAACACGGCGUCGUCGUAGUGGACGCAGUGAAUGGUCAGCAUGUCUUCAUGGGGUGCACAGUUCGAGCCAAAAGGAUUGACCAGGUGUCCCGGGUGGCGUUUCCCGCGAUCUUCCUUUUCUUUAAUUCCAUCUACUGGCCGUACUUUAUGUGUUUUACAGGGUAACGGUGGC